GCAGCAGCUGCAAUGGGAAAGAGAGCAGCCAUGUGUGAUGAUGCUUGUUAUCAGUUGCACCUCAACGGAGCUUUUGCUCCGUACACAGGCAUUUUCUUGGCCCGGAAAACUGGUCUUUCCGGCACCCGGAACUUGAAUAAGAGAAUGAUCGAAUUGUUGAGGGCCAUUUGGGCUUCAAAUAAUAGUGGGGCUGGUUCUCUGGAGUCUCAGAGCCAUAGGCAUAUGAUGAAAGAGAGACAGAGGAGAGAGAAGAUGAAGCAGAGCUACCUUCUCCUUCACUCCAUGCUUCCACCUCGUUCCAAGAAUGAUCAGGCAUCAAUAGUUCAACAAGCAACAAUCGAAUUGCAAAACCUGCAAAACUUGAAAAAUGAGUUACAGAGAAGAAACCAUGACCUCAACGAAAGGCUAAUAGGCAAAAGGCCCAUAACUGAAGAAGAGAAAAAUAAUGAAUUUGUGAAUAUCAAAUUAAAAGUAGGGAACCCAAGUUGUGGAAUAGACUCCAUGAUCGCAGCUCUCCAGUCCUUAAAAAGCAUGGGGUUGAGCACCAGAGCCAUUCGAUCGCAAUUUUCGGAGCUUGAAUUCGAAGCAACCAUAGAGGUAGAAAAUAAACUUGAGGUGAGGGAAGUGGAGAAAGCAGUGGAAACGGCGCUCAUGGAAGCUGAAAAAUGCAGGUGGGAUUAGAUCGGCCCGUGACAUCUCAUGUAAGCUGCUCUUUCUAAGAAAGAGAGCGAGGCUUCGAGAUGGUUCAAAUUCAAAUUUAUGCACACGUGCAUGCACCGCAUUUGUUGGCGCCGAUAUUGACCAAUGAGAUUGGUUGGCGGGGCCAAUUUUGGAGGGGAAUAACUAACGGUUGUGGGUUUUCUAAUGAAAAUUGAUAUAUCAAUGAACAAAUGGUGUGGUGUCGUUAACCACUUGUAAUUUUAUUUUUCUUUUCGAGUAA